GUUGUACGCUCUCUACUACGUUUCCCAGAACACACCGCGGCGUUGGAGCUGUGUGUAGAGAGAGAGGGGAAGAUUUAGGAAUUCGUCUGCAGACUUGGAGCUGCGUUACAGAAAAAUGGCCUAGCAGUUCAGUUAACUGCUAAUUGUGCAUUAGAGUGUACUCUUGGUUAUGAGCAGUGGUGAGACGCAUCACUAUAACCGAUACUCCGGAGCAGCAGCCACAGCCCUUCAGCAGACUCCAGCAACAGGCAGAGCAGGAUGGAGGCUUCAUUUGGCCCGACCUUCUCCGCUGUAGCUGCUGGAGCUAAAGCAGAAGGAUCCAGCACCUACAAGCAGCACAGGAGAACUCCCUCCUCCUCCAGCACUCUGACCUACUCUCCCCGGGAUGAUGACGAUGGAAUGCCUCCUAUUGGGACUCCUCGGAGGUCAGAUUCAGCCAUCUCAGUCCGAUCUCUCCAUUCCGAGUCCAACAUGUCUCUGCGCUCCACGUUCUCUCUGCAUGAAGAGGAGGAGGACACGGAGCCCCAGGUGUUUGCUGAACAGCCGUCUGUAAAACUGUGCUGCCAGCUGUGUUGUAACGUCUUCAAGGACCCCGUCAUCACCACGUGUGGGCACACCUUCUGCAGACGAUGUGCCUUGACUUCAGACAAGUGCCCAGUGGAUGCGGCUAAGCUAACGGUUGUGGUGAACAACAUUGCGGUGGCGGAGCAGAUUGGAGAGCUCUUCAUUCACUGUAAAUACGGCUGCAGGGCCACAGCCAGCGCUGCAGGAGGAGCUGCAGGCGGGGCUGCGGCCCCCACCGCCACAGUGGCCGGGAAACCUGGAGCGUACGAGGUCGACCCACUGGGCUGCCCGUUCACCAUCAAACUGUCCACACGCAAAGAACAUGAGGCCAGCUGUGACUACAGGCCUGUCCGCUGCCCCAACAACCCCUCCUGCCCCCCGCUGCUCACCAUGAACCUGGAGGCUCACCUCAAAGAAUGUGAGCACAUCAAGUGUCCACACUCCAAAUAUGGCUGUACAUUCAUCGGUAACCAGGACACGUAUGAAACACACCUGGAGGUGUGUAAGUUUGAGGGUCUGAAGGAGUUUCUGCAGCAGACUGAUGACAGGUUCCAUGAGAUGCAGCUGACUCUGGCCCAGAAGGACCAAGACAUCGCUUUCCUGCGCUCCAUGUUGGGCAAACUGUCUGAGAAGUUAGAUCAGCUAGAGAAGAACCUGGAGCUCAAAUUCGAUGUGUUGGAUGAGAACCAGAGUAAACUGAGUGAGGACCUGAUGGAAUUUCGUAGAGAUGCGUCCAUGCUUAAUGAUGAGUUGUCUCACAUCAAUGCCAGGCUCAACAUGGGAAUCCUGGGCUCGUACGACCCUCAGCAGAUCUUCAAGUGCAAGGGGACAUUUGUCGGCCACCAGGGUCCAGUUUGGUGUCUGUGUGUCUACUCCACCGGAGACCUCCUCUUCUCUGGAUCCUCAGAUAAGACCAUCAAGGUGUGGGACACCUGCACCACCUACAAGUGUCAGAAAACCCUCGAGGGUCAUGACGGCAUCGUCCUGGCGCUGUGUAUCCAAGGAAACCGGCUGUACAGCGGCUCUGCAGACUGCACCAUCAUCGUGUGGGACAUCCAGACCCUGCAGAAAGUCAAUACUAUCCGUGCUCAUGACAACCCUGUUUGUACGCUGGUCUCCUCCCACAACAUGUUGUUCAGCGGCUCCCUCAAGGCCAUUAAGGUGUGGGACAUCGUGGGUACGGAGCUGAAGCUGAAGAAGGAGCUGACGGGUCUGAAUCACUGGGUCAGAGCACUGGUGGCCUCUCAGAACCACCUGUACAGCGGCUCCUAUCAGACCAUCAAGAUCUGGGACAUCCGUUCUCUGGAGUGUGUCCACGUCCUGCAGACCAGUGGCGGCAGCGUCUACUCCAUCGCCGUCACCAAUCACCACAUUGUCUGUGGCACCUAUGAAAACCUCAUCCAUGUGUGGGACAUUGAGUCUAAAGAGCAGGUGAGGACUCUGACAGGUCACGUGGGAACAGUGUAUGCUCUUGCCGUCAUCUCCACCCCUGACCAGACCAAAGUGUUCAGCGCCUCCUACGACCGCUCGCUCAGGGUGUGGAGCAUGGACAACAUGAUCUGUACCCAGACACUGCUGAGACACCAGGGCAGUGUAACAGCUCUAGCCGUCUCCAGAGGGCGCCUCUUCUCUGGAGCCGUCGACAGCACCGUCAAGGUGUGGACGUGCUAAACAAAGUUCGCUGUGCAGGAGUCCAUUCAACGCCACAUGUCUUUGUUGUGUAAGACGGACGGUAUGAACGGUAACCUUUCCACGUGAUUUCCUCCUCCACAUCCGUUUCUUCUUUGAUUGUGAUUUAACAGUUCCAUAAUAACCACCGCUUCACAAUCCAGCUGCAUCGGAACCAUUUUACUAAGUGUUGCUUUCCAAACUUCAAACAAACCCUCUGACGGCUCGACCCGAUGGUCACGGUCGAGGGUCGCUCCGAGGUCACGCUCCUUAGUGACCUCAUCACCAGUGCAUUACGGCGCAAAAUGAGACGAGCUGCCUUACAGUUGCACCGCACUGCGCCAAAACCAAGACUGACUGGACGCUGCAGCCCUGUAAUCAGAACAGGAAGCAGAGAGGUUUCAGACUCUUACCUGCUUCCUGCACCUGCCGUUUAAGAACUGUACUGAUGAUGCCUGAUGCAUACUGUUCAAAUAAGUCUAAGGGCUGAUUUCACAAACAUGGAGUGACACCACACUCAUUUCACAUAUAUAUGUGUUGUGUUUCUCAGAAUGCACCAGAACAAUGGCAAGAAAUUGAAAUGGGGACGUGGUUAUUUUAUCCAGAUGAAUGGCACACUGACUUUUUACAACCAAGAGGAGGAAACUGAAGAAAAAAAGAAAAUUCGCAGGCUAUCUAGCCUUAGCUACACUUACCGGCGAUUACCUUUACAUUCAAACAGUGACACACAUCUGGGGGCUGCUCACUCCCUGGCACCGACUGUUUACCAUCCUGUCACUCGUGCAGGAUUUGAAGAUAAUUACAAGUCUUAGUUUUUAUUAUCAAGACUUAUUUUUAGCUCGUAAUCGUACCGCUUUCGUCAGGGGGAAAAAAGUCAUUGAGGAAAAACUUUCAUCAUAGUUUUCAUCAACGAAAUUAACACUGCAGUGAAAGCACCCCAAGUUUCGUCAGCUUGUUUGACUUCACUUCUCUUGGUUUGUUUAUUAAAAGCCAGUGUGAACUGGACCAGGAUUAAAUAACAACCAGCAAUCUAUUUUUUUUCCUUUGGGAUGAGAAAAGUAUCCACAGGCCAGGAUUGUACCCGACAGUCGGAUUGAUCAACAGCAAAGAUCUGCAUGUUGGUGAAUUUUCCACCAACUGGCACAAAUAAAGCGGGAUUCAUAAUUGUGUGUCAGCUUGAUGAAGAGCCUAUGCUGUUGUGUGUCUGUGUCACUCUGCAGUUACACCUCCAAAACACUAGUUAGCGGUGGAGGUUUCUGUGAAGUGCUGUAAAGUGUAGUUGAUUCAAAACACACAUUAAACACACAUUAAACAUGUUUUAAUAGAAACAGUGUCAAACACAAGUACACAGAUCAGCUUCAUUAUAACUGGCAGCUGAUUUGUGUACUUUUCCUGGACACAUUUUCCCCACAAAUACAACAUGCUAAUGUUUUUAGCACAAGCCUAUGGCAUUUUACAUUGUACAAAUUAGCCUAGCAGCUAGGGGACUUUUCCUCUUCUCAUAUGAAGCCAGGGACAACAGCAACAUUUAACAAAGGUAGCAUUACAAAAUUGGACUCCAUUACAGCUCACAAGGUUCACUGACAAAACAACUGUCUUAUACUAAACACGUUUUCCAAACACAUACAACAUGCUAACGUUAUUAGCACAAGCCUAUGGCAUUUUACAUUGUAUAGAUUAGCCUAGCAGAGAUUUCCUCUGCUCAUAUGAAGCCAGGAUAAAUCACACACAAGACUUAAAAUGCUAUUUUUGUGGAGGCUUUAUUGUCGUCACAAUUUAUUGUUUCUUAUCUAUGAAAUUAAAGUAAAUCAAAGCUUUGUUUCCACUGAGGGAAAUGGUUUCAGCUCACAGAGACAGACAGGAGGUCUGCGUCACUGUGACGUCUAGUUACAUUUCUGGGGAGGUGCACGUCAGGCUGUGGUGUAGGGUACGGCAUCAGUUCAACGCAGAAGUAUAAAUCCCACUUAAGAAAGAAAACACAUACGAUCAAAGAAAGGACACCCUCAUAUGUCAGUCAGUAUCUGGCCUGGAUAAAACUGAAGAUUCAGAGCAGCUCGUGUAAUAAUAAUAUCUACAUUUCCGCCUCUCAGCUGACGAUGUUCAGAGGAUGACCAUUGGCUCAUUUCAGGAUACAUUUCCUCCCCCUUCAGUCAUCGUGGUUGUCACUCAGACCUUUGUGAAACCAGCCUUUAUAAAUCACCUUUUAAUAAGUGAAGACUUUAAAGAGAAUGACAGAUCUAUAGAUUUACUGAGUUUUAUAUUAGUGCCAUGAUAGAGCUGUAUUCAGAGCCAUUAACGGUUGUACAGUGGUGUAAGAUAAGACAGUGCCGAGCCUGGACAGAAUGACUCACACUGGCCUACAUUAACAGAGAGGGACGGAGAGAGGAGGACAGUCUGUGUGCAUGUGUGUGUCUGUUGUUGUGUAUAUGUGUGUGUGUGUGUGUGUGUGUUUCAAUGAGUGCCAUAUGUGUGGAAGGAAAGGAAAGACUGACCCCUCCCCGCUCUCUGGUCUCUAACUUCAGCCGGUUAGAAUGAACAUAACCACAGAUUAAUCUGAUUGUUAACCCUCGAUGGACUGACGGUGAAGGCCAGCAGGUGAUUGUGUGUAAUGAACCUUCAAACUCCCAGAAGCAAAGUGCCAUUGAGCUGAAGUGAAGCCCUGCUCUCCAAAAUUAUAUUUCAGGACCCAUAUUGGGUUGACAAUAUGAAAACUGACUCGAUCUGCCUGGGAGGGUGGUUUUUAAGUUCAUGAGAUCAUUCACAUCCACGCCAAAUUCAAACACGUGGGCUGAGUUAGGUUUUUACAGAUGUUGAGAGUUAUGUUGCCUUCACUCAGAGCAGAUCUGUCCGCUGCUCACUGAAGCCUCGGUGAGGAAGGUGGUGAGGAAGAGAGGAAGUGUCUUCACUGGUCACAGUUUCAGUGAUUCCUUGUAUACUUGUAUUCAUGUAAGCCUGAGUUGAUCAUUGAUCAAUAAAACUGUUGUACACUU